AUGGCGGCUUCGAAGCUCCAAGCGCUGUGGAAUCAUCCGGCCGGCCCUAAAACCAUUCACUUUUGGGCACCCACAUUUAAAUGGGGCAUCAGCAUAGCUAAUGUUGCUGACUUCGCUAAACCACCUGAAAAUCUUUCAUAUCCUCAGCAAUUAGCGGUUGCAUGCACUGGAGUUGUCUGGUCACGCUAUAGCACUGUCAUCACUCCGAAGAACUGGAAUCUUUUUAGUGUGAAUGUAGCAAUGGCAGGGACAGGCCUCUACCAACUUUCUCGUAAAAUACGGCAAGAUUUUUUCUCCGAGACAGAAGCAGCUGCUGCUGAAGAAUGA